AUGGUCCCGCCCCGCCGGACGCCGAAUUGGCCUGCGGCUACCAGGCAGAAGGGAUUUUCCUACAGUUCUCGUCUACAACGCCCUGGUGACGCCCAACGGGACAGGUCUGGGCAGCGCCAGGCGCUUUCAAGUCCCUGGUCCCGGACUUACAAGUGCCGACGUGCGCCCAGUGCGGUGGCGGGAACACCUGCCCUCGUGUGCCGGCUCGCGGUGCCCCGGGGGCAUCAAUUUCAUGUGGGAAGUGGCUCCAGCAUCACCUCCUAUGGACUCCCACAGUCUGUCUUACUAAACACUAGGCUUCAGGACUGCUAUGUUAUCUCUUUAGCUCUCACCAACACCUAGAUGGCUAGAAUGCAUGCAAAGCACAACAGCCAGGCCCCAACACUGGGUUCCCUGGCUUGCUGGGAAGUGGUAAAGAGUCCAUUAAUCACCAGUUCAUUCUCCCUGGUUAAACUUGCGCUCAGACGGCAGCUGAAGGAUAAAUGAUGCUCAGUACCUUCCAGGUUUGGAGAAGCAAAAUCCUUUAAGAGAUUAAAGCCCACAGACAAUUCAACAACAAAAGCCACUCAGCUGGCUGGGAUAAGAAGCUCCAUCAAAUUCAAGAGCAGGCGGCCAGUGGGGCAGCUGCCAGGUUCACCCGGGCACAUGAGGCCAGCAGGAAGCAUCAGAAAGAGCAAAGAAAGUUCAAAGGAGAAAAAAGUAAUAGCCAGCCAAGAUCUUGAGGACAGAUAUGCCAAACAUGUGGCUGCCACCCAAGCACUAGCCUGGAACAGUGGGUUCACAGCCUGGAAGGGCCAAGCAUCACUUCCUGAAACCCAAAAGAGACAGCAGCUGUCAGAGGACACCCUAACCGUCCACGGCCUCCCCACAGAGGACUACCGGCUCUACCGUGCUAUGGUGGAACCAAUGCUAUGGAACCAUCCAGGAACCCCUAAGAGGUACAACUUGGAGCUGCGCAAGGCCAUCAAACAAAGGCUCUGGGAAGCUCUGCACAGUCAAGCUGCCACCCUCAAAGGUGCUUGGGACUGCCAGCCAGGUGGGAAGUGGCUGGGUGAGGAGCCUGAGUCCAAGAAAGCCCAAAUUAAAGUGAAAAGUAAGGAACACAUGACUUUAGGCUAUUCUCUGCUAGAUGUCUGAAAAUUACUACUUUGUACCUUCCAUGAAACCUCAGAGUGCUUUUCAAAAUAGUGAUUACCCUCCUGGGAAAAUAAAACAGCUAUCAGAUUUGUUUGACUGAAGUCUCUUUCCAGCUAUGGAUUGGUAAUUUGUACACGGCAAAGAGAUAGGGUCUCACCAUGUUGCCCAGACUGGUUUCCGUGAUCUUCUUGCCUCAGCCUCCUGAGUAGCUGGGACACAGGCUUGUACCACCAUGCCUGGCACAUGAUUAGGUAAUUUUGAGCUAGAUGCUUGGGGGCUUUUUCUUAUAAGGAUGUGAGGAUUUCUAGUUUUCAGGUAGGAAAAGCUCUGAAAGAUGAGGCCAAUGGUUUAUAUACAACACAUCUCCCUAUUUCAAGAAAGUGGACCACCAGGUUUUUCUCAUUUUUAGAGCAGGGUCUUACUAAACUGCACAGGCUGGUCUUGAACUUGAGAUCCUCCUGUCUCAGCUUCUCAAGUACUAAUUAUAGAUAGGUGUGUCAUUGCCCCAGCAGAGCUCUUGACCAUUUACUACUACUGCACUACUUCCCCUAGCUUCCUACAUAUGCACUAAGCAGAGCUGGCUGUGGUGGCUCAUGCCUCUAAUCCUGGA